GACCACCCCUGACAAUUUUCAUAUCUAUUCUCUCUCUCUCUCUCUCCCUCUCUGUAUCUUUCUCUCUCUACCCCUUGUUUGUCGGUGUUCACAGAUCUUGCAAGCUUUCCAUACUCUGGAGCUCUUGCUCUUUUUCUUUUUCUUCUUCUUCUACAGGACUAACGUGAAAGGAGGAAAAGGGGCUGUUUAUUUAUUUCGAGAGGAAAGUUUUUUGGAAAAUGCGAAAGCUUUUGAUGCUGGGUUUGAAUUCUUUUGCUUUAUGGUAGUUGGUGGUGGUGAUAAUUGUCGUGUGACUGAGUUUCUGGGAUUGGAAUUGGAAUUGGAAUUGGAGAAGUGCAUGAGGGAUUUGAUCUUGUGGGUUCUAUGUUGGGUAAAGAAUUUGGACAGGAGAAUAGGGUGGGAUUGUGGGUCUGUAAUCCGGAGCAGGGGUAGGUGGGGCAAAUGUGGCUGAUUCCUUUUUGGGAAUUGAGAACUGGGUGGUUUUGUGUUUAUUUUCUUUAAUUGUUGUUUUGUUUCUGUUUGUGGUUGAUCUCAACUGGGUAAGAAAAUUUUGGUAAAGUUUUGGAGAUUUGCUGUUCUGGGUUUGAAGCAAAUGCAUCAAGAUAACCGAAAGAAGAAUUCAUCAGAGAUGGACUUCUUCUCAGAGUAUGGUGAUGCAAGUCGGUACAAAAUUCAGGAAGUUAUUGGGAAAGGAAGUUAUGGUGUUGUUUGCUCUGCAAUAGACACACAUACCGGUGAAAAAGUGGCAAUAAAGAAAAUACAUGAUAUUUUUGAACAUAUUUCUGAUGCCGCUCGUAUUCUACGUGAAAUAAAACUUCUCAGACUUCUAAGACAUCCAGACAUUGUUGAAAUUAAGCACAUUAUGAUGCCACCUUCUAGAAGAGACUUUAAAGAUAUUUAUGUUGUUUUUGAGCUCAUGGAGUCAGAUCUUCAUCAAGUCAUCAAAGCCAAUGAUGACCUGACCAAAGAGCAUUAUCAGUUUUUCCUUUACCAGCUACUUCGUGCAUUGAAAUAUAUACAUACAGCAAAUGUCUACCAUCGAGACUUAAAGCCGAAGAAUAUUUUGGCAAAUGCAAAUUGUAAGCUCAAAAUAUGUGAUUUUGGGUUAGCAAGAGUUGCAUUCAGCGAUACACCUACUACAAUAUUUUGGACGGACUAUGUUGCAACAAGAUGGUAUAGAGCUCCAGAGCUUUGUGGAUCGUUUUUCUCUAAGUAUACACCUGCAAUAGAUAUAUGGAGCAUAGGCUGCAUUUUUGCAGAAGUAUUAACAGGGAAGCCACUUUUUCCUGGAAAAAAUGUUGUUCACCAACUGGAUUUAAUGACAGAUUUGCUUGGGACACCAUCAUUAGAUACCAUAUCUCGGGUUCGUAAUGAUAAAGCUAGGAGAUACUUGACUAGUAUGAGGAAAAAGCAGCCUGUGCCAUUUUCACAAAAAUUCCCAAAUGCAGAUCCUUUAGCACUACGUCUAUUGGAAAAAUUGCUUGCAUUUGAUCCAAAGGAUCGACCGACUGCUGAAGAGGCACUUGCUGAUCCUUAUUUCAAGGGACUGGCAAAAGUAGAGAGGGAACCAUCCUGCCAGCCAAUUACAAAGAUGGAGUUUGAAUUUGAGAGGCGAAGGGUAACAAAGGAGGACAUACGGGAGCUAAUUUUUAGGGAGAUAUUAGAGUACCAUCCUCAGUUGUUGAAGGACUACAUGAAUGGAACUGACAGGACUAAUUUUCUCUAUCCAAGUGCUGUUGAUCAAUUCAGAAAGCAGUUUGCACAUCUUGAGGAAAAUGGUGGUAAAAGUGGUCCAGUUAUCCCGCUUGAAAGAAAACAUGUAUCUCUUCCCAGGUCUACAAUUGUACAUUCAAAUACCAUCCCUCCCAAAGAACAACAUAAUUUUGUAUCCUAUAGAGAUCGGCAAACUGCAGAGGAAUCAUACAAGAAUUCAAGAGAUACAGAAACAGUUCAAGUGAAUUUAUCGAGGACCAUGCAGACACCUCAAAGAAUUCCAUUGGCCAAACCAGGGAGAGUUGUUGGACCUGUAGCGCCAUACGAAAAUGGAAACAUCAUAAAAGAUUCCUAUGAUCCAAGGACACUAAUUAGAACCUCUGUACUUCCCCCUCAAACCGGGGCUCCAGCUUAUUGUUAUCGUAAACCCGCCACUGCUGCCGGAAGCCAAGAAAGGACUGCAGCAGAAGCUGAGAGGGGCAUGUCCUUGCAGCAGGCAAAACAAGCUUCUCAAUGCGGUAUGGCUGCCAAGUUAGCACCAGAUGUUGCCAUCAACAUCGACACGAACCCCUUUUUUAUGACUAGGGUCGGAAUCAACAAAGUGGAACACGAUGACCGGAUUACUAUAGACACGAACUUGUUGCAGGGCAAAGCUCCAUAUGGUGGGAUUGGUGCCACUGCUACCCACCGGAAAGUUGGAACUGUUCAGUAUGGUAUGACAAGAAUGUAUUAAGAGAAGGCAUUGAAAUGACAUGUUUGCUCACUGGAAAUUUUGCCUGUUGGCAGGGCCGGCUUGAGGGCAAGGCCACGAAGGCGUUUGCAGAAGGCCCCACAAGUUAAUUUCUGAUUGAAAAACAAUGAACCCUUUUUAAACAAAGUUCGUGUAUCGUACGGAAUCAUAUCAUAAGAUGCAUACAAAUUCUUUCUCUC